AUGGGGCACGGGCAGAGCUGGGAGGGCACAGAGCAACGGCGGUACCAAGGGAAGGGCAAAGCUGGGGGCACCUGGGGGCCGGGGCUGUGGGAGCAGCCCGGGGUCUGCAGCCGAGGUUUGCGGGAAGGUGGGAAUCUGCCCUCAGCCCUUCCUGGGAUCGAAGGGGAGAAAACGGACAAAACCCCCAAGCAGGGGCAGAGCGGGAGCUCGGGCUCACCAGAGUCUGUGCCGGGCUCCGGGAGCCCUCGGUCCCUUCCCGUGGCCCCCGAGCUCCGGCCGCGCUCCCCGGUGCUGCUGGAUCGUGCCUGGAGCACAGCCCGGUGCCCUCCAGAUGGCAGCGCCAACACCCCCAAAACGCCGUUCCUGGGGCUGCAGGGAUGGAGGGGACACGGGAGGAGGUUGGGGACAGCACAUGGGUGGUGUCACAUCGCGCUGGACCCCCCUUCCAUCCACCUGCGCUCUGGCAGCACGGACAGGGGGACAUCCCCGCCCUCGGCCACCAAACCGGCGCUGCCCAUCACCCUGCGUGACCCCGCGGUGGCGGUGCCCCGGUGCCCGGGCGCCUUCACCCCACCAUCACCUUCAUCUUCAUCCUCACCUUUAACCCUCACCACUUUCAUCUCCAUCAUUCCCAUCUUCAUCUUCAUUGCCUCCACCACACCCAUCACCCCCGUCAUCCUCACCAUCCCCUUCAUCCCCAUCAUCCCCUUCACCCCCCCCCAUCCUCCUCCUCAUCCCCUUCACCCCAUCACCGCCAUCAUUCCCAUUAUCCCCUUCAUCCCCAUUCCCCCUCACUUCCGCCAUUCCCUUCAUCCCCAUCACUCCAUCAUCCCCGUCAUCCUCAUCACCCCUGUCAUCUCAAUCAUCCCUGUGACCCCCAACUCCUCAAUCAUCCCCCUCACCCCAUCACCCCAUCAUCAUCCUCAUCACCCCCACCACCCUAAUCAUCCCUCCCACCCCCAUCAUCAUCCCCAUCAUCCCUGGCACCCCAACACCUCAAUCAUCUCUGUCAUCCCCAUCAUCCCCUUCACCCCAUCACUCCCAUCAUCCUCCCAUCCAUUCUUCUCCUCACCCCCAUCAUUCUCAUCACUCCCAUCAUCCCCAUCAUCCCCUUCAUCCCCAUCAUCCUCAUCAUCCCCUUCAUCCCUAUCAUCCUCAUCACCCCAAUCAUCCCUGUCACCCCCAACACCUCAACCGCCACUGUCAUCCCCGUCAUCCCCAUCAUCUUCAUCCCCAUUACCCCCAUCAUCCCCAUCACUCCCAUCAUCUCCAUCUCCAUCACCCCCAUCCUCCUCCUCACCCCCAUCAUCCCUGUCAUUCCUACCAUCCCCAUCAUCCCCAUCACCCCUUCCUCCUCCUCACUCCCAUCACCCCCACACCUCCAUCACCCCCUUCACCCCAUCAUCCCCAUCACUGUUAUCACCCCCAUCAUCCCCACCACCCCAAUCAUCCCCAUCCUCCUCCUCACCUCCAUCACCCCCUUCACCCCCAUCCUCCCCACCACCCCCACCCUCCCCAGCACCCUCCUCCCCCUCCCUCCUCCACUCUCCACCGAUGAAGACGCAGACCCCGAGCGCCGACAGCUGCUACGGGUCCUUCUCCCCCUCCGCGCCCGCUCCGCGCCGCCUGCCGCAGAUGCCGGGGCCGGGAGCGGCGGGUACCGGCACGGCGGCCUCGCGCCUCCCUCCCGCCGCUCCCCGGCACGCGGAGCCCGGCACACGAGCCGGGCUGGCAGCCGGCGGGCACCGCGGACGGGCUGGCUCCGUGCCCGGCCGGAGGAUUAGCCGUGCCAUGGAUACGGACUCCGCAGGGAACGCCGUGCUGCAGGCCUGGGGCUCCGCUGGCACGGCACGGCACGGCGCGGUGGCACGGCAUGAUACGGCGUGGCUGGGGGUGCAUGGGGCUGUGGGGACCAUGGCGGCAGCAGCAGUGUCCGAGGAGUGUGGUGGCAGCAGUGGCCAAGGAGGCCGGGCGUGGCAGGUGGCAUCUGGUGGCAGGAAUGUCCCCAACAUCGAGGCGCGCUCAGUGGCACAGGAGCGUUGGCACUGCGGGGACAGGGACACGGGGUGGGUGAUGGCCUCGGAGGUGGCACCGGGGGGCACCCGGGGCUGGGGACCUCCCCGGGCCGCGGUGGCUCCGCGUUGUCACUAA